GUGGCGCCCUCCCCACGUAUCCUCGAAUACCUCGUCCGUCGCGGGCGUGUCCCCGGCGUAAACAUGGCCCUCACCGUCGCCGAACCCAAGCCUUACUUCCCUAAAGACCCUCCGGAGACCUUCGAGCCGCCGCCGCCUGUCGUGACGACGUCGUGCGAUCCAUGGCCGCGGCCAUACUACCUCGAGAAUAACCUGCGACGCGUACACCCGUAUCAUUUUACGUAUAACACGUUUUGCAAAGAGCGCUGGAGAAACCGCGAAAUUUUGGACAUUUUUACCUGCGAGUUCAGAGAUCGGCCGGCCGAUUACUAUAAAGAAAGCAUAGAAAAGGGAGUGAUUGUGGUCAACGGCAAGCCUGUCAAGACCGACCACGUUAUUAAGAAUGGCGAUGUGAUUUCGCACACAAUGCACCGGCACGAGCCGCCCGUGACGGCGCAGCCCAUAGGCGUCGUGCACGAGGACAACGACAUCAUCGUCAUCAACAAGCCCGCUGGUGUGCCGGUCCACCCCGCCGGCCGCUACAACUACAACUCGGUCGUCGAGAUCAUGCGCGCUGAGCGCGGAUACACGUUCAACCCGCUGCCGUGCAACCGGCUGGAUCGGCUGACGAGCGGCGUCAUGUUCAUCGGCAAGCACAAGGAGGCGGCCGAGGAUAUGAGCGUGCAGAUCAAGGCCCGCACCGUCAAGAAGGAGUAUGUCGCGCGCGUUGUGGGCGAGUUCCCCGAGGGCGAUAUUGUGUGCGAGAAGCCGAUUCUGCAGAUUAGCCCCAAGCUCGGAUUGAACCGCGUCAGGGCAUCGGGCAAGGAUGCGCGGACCGUGUUCCGCAGGCUUGCGUACUAUCCGCCGAAAGAGAUGAAGAAUGGGUUGGAGGAGAACAAGAAGGAAGAGGUAGACGGCCAGCCGUGGAAGAAGCUGCGCGGGUACAGCAUCGUCCGCUGCAUGCCUCUGACGGGACGGACGCACCAGCUGCGCGUGCACCUGCAGUUCCUCGGCCACCCAAUCUCCAACGACCCCAUCUACGCCAACCAGCGCGUCUUCGGGCCCUCUCUGGCCGGCGGCGAGGAGGACUCCGAUCGCGACGACGACAUCAUGACUCGGUUGUCGCGUAUGGGCAAGGACGAAGUCGCCGAAGCAGUCGCUUACCACGACGAGAUGGUCGAGGACUACAACAAGCGCAAGGCGGAGAAGAUGACGGGCGAGGUGUGUGAUUUGUGCAAUACUCCGCUGUACAGCGACCCUGGUACGCACGAGCUGGGAAUCUAUCUGCAUGCGCGCAAGUACGCUUGCGAGGAGGGACGGUGGAGCUAUGAGACGGAGUUGCCGGCAUGGGCGCUGCCGCCGGAGGGAUAUGAAGGCCCGACGGAGGCGACAGGAGAGAGUGAUCCUCUCGCGGCGGAUUUGGCGAAGCUUGGUUUGAAUGACGAUGGGACCGCGAAGGCGGAACAUGAAAUCAAGCAAGACGAGAGGGAACCUGUGGUGGCAGUCGCAUGA